AAUCAGGAGCGGCCAGCGUGUUUGGAAACAACAGCUGAGGACCCGUAUGACGGAGAGAAGCUGACACACACACACACACAGAAUCUACACAACUUCCCACACAACAUUCCACACACACGUCGUCCCGUCGCGUCUCUUCUUCUGCUGCUUCUCACUGUUUUCACGAUUUAACGUUAGCAUCACGUCACAAAGCGCGAGACUUCCGCCUCAACAUGGACGCGGAGGCUUCCGGACCGGAGACGAUCAGUGUCCUCAUCAAGACCCCGAACCAGGUCCGGGAGGACCACAUCCUAGAGGACGUGCACCUGGACUGGACCGUGCGCGAGCUGAAGACGCGUCUGUCCGCCGUGUACGCCACCAGGCCGGCGGUGACUGACCAGAGACUCAUCUACUCUGGCAAACUGCUCCCAGACCAUCUGCACAUCAGAGACAUCUUCAGACAGACGGACUCCACUCCAGCUCUGCAUCUCGUGUGUGCUUUCAGGAAUCCACCUCAGGAACCGAAGAGCACGGAGACAGAACAGGCCCCCCCCUCCAGCCCAAGACCUGCAGCAAUCCCGAGCUCACCAGAGCUGAGGCAGAGGAGACCGACUACAGCUGCUGCCGCUCCGGCUCCACCGGGGAGUCCAGCAUGGCCGCCUGCUGCAAUGCCGGGAGCUCCACAAAUGGCCCAGCCGGCGUUCCCCACCUACUCCCUGUACAGCCCCCAGCAGCUGCUUUGGCUCCAGCACGUCUACGCUCGGCAGUAUUACAUGCAGUACCACGCAGCUCUGGUGGCGGCGGGCUCCGCCCCAUCUCCCCCGGCCUCAGUCACUGGCCAAUUCCCUCCAGUCCCAGCCCACCAAGUACCUGUUCCCGCCCCCUUAGCCAAUCAGAACCCCAUCGACAACCUGCCGGCAAAUCAGAACGCGGCACAGGACGGCGCUUUCAUCAACCCGGGGGAGGCCAAUCAGAACAUGCGGAUGAACGCACAGGGCGGGGCUGUGAUGGAGGACGAGGACGCCAUCGAACGUGACUGGCUGGACUGGUUGUACUCGGCAGCGAGGUUCUGCGUCCUGCUCAUGAUCGUGUACUUCAACUCCAACCUGAGUCGCUUUCUGAUGGUGGCGAGCACGCUCCUCCUCAUGUACCUACACACUGCAGGUUUGUUCCCCUUCAGACGACAACAGGUUCCAGAGCCCAACCCCCUGCAGGCUCCUGAGGUCCAGCACAACCAGCAGAACGAGGACAGGAUGCCAAACCCCAAUCCAGCGGUCGAACUGGCUGACGGACAAAGAGAGGAACCGGCUGCUGCAGCAGAAGGACCCGACGGACCAGGACCGAUGGCGGCCGUGUUAGUUCCUCCGCACCGGGUGUCAGUCAUCUGGACGGCCUGGGUGUUCUUCAAAACCUUCUUCUCCUCCCUCGUACCCGAGGCUCCUCAGGGUGCGGCCAACUGACCGCACCGAGCCGGAAAGACUGUUUAUCUUGUGAGAUGGAGACCAGGACCUGUGGAGACGUUUCUGAGACAUUCAGGUGGAAGCAUGAGGUCAAAGAAGAGCGGCUGCAGAAACAAACACAACAGGGACGGAGACCUGUCAACAGAAUCUUAAUGGUAGCUGAGAGUCAAACACCAGCAAAAGAAAAAGUGGUGCCAGGAUCUUGCCAAAACUGUGGAAACAAAGAAAAUCCACAGAGUAGAAACAUCAGGCUUCAUCUGAGUUAUAAUAAAUCUUCCAGCUGGAUCCCGUCUGACCAAACAUCAAGGCCUCGUGAAUCCAGAUUAGAUACCGGGACCGACCAGUAGGUGGCAGCUGAGGCUCAAAUAUAAAGCUUCUGCCCUGUUGGACUAAAUACUUCUUCCUGUGAGGACAUCUAUGAACGGUGACUCCUCCGGUUCCUUGGAAUCUGAUAUCAGUUUCCCUGAUUUCAGAUUCCUCUGCUCAGAGCCUGUGUUUGAUUAAAGCUGUUAAAGUAAAAAACUUGUUUUUUAGUUUCAGACAAUUUCAGCCUGUGGAAGUAAAAAGAUGCCAAAACUAUAAUCGACUGAAUUCAUACAUUUAAAGUUUCAGUCAGAAAUUUAACGAUUCAAUUAAAUAUAUCUGUUAUCGUUAUCUUUUAUAUAUUUGGAAUUAACACCGUUGUUAAAUUAAGAAAAGUACAAAUUUGGAAACCACACAGAACACUGAACCUCAUGAACAAAAGUUUAUGAAACAUUUUUAUCCUGAUUCAUGAAACGUAAAAACUUCAUGUAUCUUUUCUUUAACAGUUUUAUUUUUAGAGUUUUUUCAUUUCCUAGUUUGACCAAAUUCAAAUUUCUGCCAAAUCAUAGGGAGCAAUGUAAAAUAGUUGAUAUUGGAGGAGUUAUUGUAAAGUCUUGUAAAUAUUUGUACUCAAAGCACUUUACAACAUGUAUGUUAUGCAAGCGUCUUUACUUUCAGGAUUAACUUUUCUUCACGUGAGGAUUUCUAAUGUAAUAUAAAUUUCUUCUGCUGAGAAAGUCUGAAAUCAAAUCGGUUUAAAGUGGAGAUUUGUGCUAUUUAAGUUUCAGUAAAUAUCACUUUAGAACAAAAUUGAAUUAUUUCAACUGCAGCCAUUGUGCCUCCUUGUUAAUAUUUAGUUUUUGUUCAUUUACUCAACAUUCCACAUCGUGAACUGAAAGCAGAGCUGUGACACAUCCCACGUCACCGCGGCCUUUCACCAGCUUCAAGCGGUUUUCACUUGUAAACAAAGAUGGCCGACACAUCGCCGCUUUCUCCGGCUGUCCACAAAUGCAACUAACAUAUAAUCCUUAGCUGUCAAUCAUUAUGUGUGACUGUGUUUUUAUAUCAUCAAAUCACUUAUUAAAAACUGAACUUAUUAGAAACGCUGACAUUUGAACACGUGUCCCAUCCACUAACACGGAGGAGGUUCAUAUGACUGAGCCUCGGUUCACUUUGGGAAGUUGUCAUGUUGUCUAUUUUUGUCUAUGCAUGGCGGUUACAGGUCUUUACUCAAAACCUUAAAAUUGUGAUUUCAUGCCUUUCAGUUUUAAUCUGUUUGUUUCCCAUUUAUUAAUAUUUAUGAUUUUUGUCGAUAAUAAAGUGUGUUUUACUUUCUUUUGAACAACUUCACUGCAAAGAUGGUGGAUGAUGCCGUGUGGCUGUAACGUCACUGAUCUGAAUCUGGAGUUUUAAUGUUAAAACUUUAAUUUGACGCUGUGAUGUUUUCUUUUGGAUGGAAACUGCAGAAUGUGGAACACUUGGCAAUAAUGGAUGCAAUAAAUGUAGUUGACUCCG